AUGUCAAAGUCGUUGUGUUGUUUAGCAUUUGAAACAUUACAUAGCAAACUAUUUACAGAUUCAGUAAGUAUCUCUUAUGAUAAAUUUAAAAGCGUAGUACCUUCCGCUGUUGAGUUGCCUCUUAAAGCCCCAUUAUUCAUAACAUGGAACAAGAAUGAACAGUUAAGAGGAUGCAUAGGAACUUUUCAACCAUUGAAGGUCGAAUCAGGAACAAAAAGGUUUUCUCUCACUUCAUCUUUACAAGAUCCAAGGUUCCCUCCUAUUGGUAAACUUGAGUUUCAUCUAUUAUCGGUUUCAGUAACGCUAUUAGAUAAUUUUGAACCAAUUAAAGACUGGGAUGAUUGGACUGUGGGUGACCACGGGUUGAAGGUCAACUUCCAUAAGAAUGGCGAAAUCUAUCUGGGGACUUUCUUGCCCAGUGUUGCUGUGGAACAAGAGUGGGAUAAAAUUACUACUCUUACUUAUCUCUUGAAAAAAGCUGAUUACACAGGAGUUUCGAAGUCAAAAACGGCUGAAUUCUAUCAAACAGGUAUUGAAGAAGGUUGGUUGGAACUAGUUAGAUAUGAGGGUUUAAAGGAAUGUUUAGGUUAUAACGAAUUUAUGGAACUUAGAAAUUCUAUUAAAUAG